AUGCCGACUGGUAGGUUUGAGACGAUGCGUGAGUGGGUUCACGACGCUAUCUCUGCUCAACGCAAUGAGCUCCUCUCUCUUUUCUCCAGAUACGUAGCUCAAGGAAAAGGAAUACUACAGUCUCACCAGCUGAUUGACGAGUUCCUCAAGACUGUGAAAGUAGAUGGAACAACUGAAGAUCUUAAGAAUCGUCCAUUCAUGAAAGUUCUGCAAUCUGCAGAGGAAGCUAUAGUUUUACCUCCAUUUGUUGCUCUAGCAAUUCGUCCCAGACCUGGUGUUAGAGAAUAUGUCCGUGUGAAUGUCUACGAGCUGAGCGUUGAUCAUUUAACUGUCUCUGAAUAUCUUCGGUUCAAGGAAGAGCUCGUUAAUGGCCAUGCUAAUGGUGAUUAUCUUCUUGAGCUUGAUUUUGAACCGUUCAAUGCAACGUUUCCUCGUCCCACUCGGUCAUCAUCCAUAGGGAAUGGUGUUCAGUUCCUAAAUCGUCACCUCUCGUCUAUUAUGUUCCGUAACAAAGAUAGCUUGGAGCCUUUGCUUGAGUUUCUCCGUACUCACAAACAUGACGGCCGUGCCAUGAUGCUGAAUGAUCGAAUACAGAACAUCCACACGCUUCAGGAAGCUUUGGCCAGGGCAGAGGAGUUUCUUUCUAAACUUCCUCUGGCUACACCAUACUCUGAAUUCGAAUUUGAACUACAAGGGAUGGGAUUUGAAAGGGGAUGGGGUGACACAGCACAAAAGGUUUCAGAAAUGGUGCAUCUUCUUUUGGACAUACUCCAGGCACCUGAUCCUUCUGUCUUGGAGACGUUUCUUGGAAGGAUUCCUAUGGUGUUCAAUGUUGUGAUUUUGUCUCCGCAUGGUUACUUUGGCCAAGCCAAUGUCUUGGGUCUUCCUGAUACUGGUGGACAGGUUGUCUACAUUCUUGAUCAAGUACGUGCUUUGGAAAGUGAGAUGCUCCUUAGGAUACAGAAGCAAGGACUGGAUGUUACUCCAAAGAUCCUCAUUGUAACAAGGUUGAUACCAGAAGCAGAAGGAACAACAUGCAACCAGAGGUUAGAAAAAGUUAGUGGUACAGAACAUGCACAUAUUCUGAGGAUACCAUUUAGGACUGAGAAAGGCAUUCUUCGCAAGUGGAUCUCGAGGUUUGAUGUCUGGCCUUACCUGGAGACUUUCGCUGAGGAUGCAUCAAAUGAAAUUGCUGCAGAGUUGCAAGGUGUGCCAAAUCUCAUCAUUGGCAACUACAGUGAUGGAAACCUCGUGGCUUCUUUGCUAGCUUGUAAGCUAGGAGUCAUACAGUGCAAUAUUGCACAUGCUUUAGAGAAAACCAAGUAUCCAGAGUCUGACAUUUACUGGAGAAACCAUGAAGAUAAGUAUCAUUUUGCAAGUCAGUUCACUGCAGAUCUAAUUGCCAUGAACAAUGCUGAUUUCAUCAUCACCAGCACAUACCAAGAGAUCGCUGGAAGCAAAAACAAAGUUGGGCAAUACGAGAGCCACACAGCUUUCACUCUUCCUGGUCUUUACAGAGUUGUUCAUGGAAUCGAUGUCUUUGAUCCCAAGUUUAACAUAGUCUCUCCAGGUGCUGAUAUGACCAUUUACUUUCCUUAUUCUGACAAGGAAAGAAGACUCACUGCUCUUCAUGAGUCAAUUGAAGAGCUCCUGUUUAGCAGUGAACAGAAUGUUGAGCAUGUUGGUUUUCUGAGCGACCAGACGAAGCCAAUCAUCUUCUCCAUGGCCAGGCUUGACAGGGUGAAAAACUUGACUGGGCUAGUUGAGUGCUACGCCAAGAACAUCAAGCUGAGAGAGGUUGCUAAUCUUGUUAUAGUCGGUGGCUACGUGGACGUGAAUCAGUCCAGAGACAGAGAGGAAAUGGCUGAGAUACAAAAGAUGCACAGCUUGAUCAAGCACUAUGGUUUACACGGUGAGUUCAGGUGGAUAGCUGCUCAAAUGAACCGUGCUAGGAACGGUGAGCUUUACCGUUAUAUCGCAGAUACAAAAGGUGUUUUUGUUCAGCCUGCUUUCUAUGAAGCUUUUGGGCUUACAGUUGUGGAAUCAAUGACUUGUGGGCUACCAACGUUUGCUACAUGUCAUGGUGGACCUGCAGAGAUCAUAGAGAAUGGAGUUUCUGGCUUCCACAUUGACCCGUAUCAUCCAGAACAGGUUGCAACUACUUUAGUCAGCUUCUUUGAGACCUGCAAGACUAAUCCAAAUCACUGGGAGAAAAUCUCUGAAGGAGGGCUUAAACGAAUCUAUGAAAGGUACACAUGGAAGAAGUACUCAGAGAGGCUGCUUACACUGGCUGGUGUCUAUUCAUUUUGGAAACAUGUGUCUAAGCUUGAAAGGAGAGAAACACGACGUUACCUAGAGAUGUUCUACUCUCUUAAGUUUCGUGAUCUGGCUAAUUCAAUCCCACUGGCAACUGAUGAGCAUUGA